AUGGCUCCCACCCGUGACCCUGUGCCCGCGAAGGGCCGCGGUCGCUUCAGACUGAGGCGGCCCUCAGUCUCUAUCCCAGACAGCACUCCUCUGGAGAACCUCGACUUGUCAAACGCCAACGUUUCCGAGAUUUCACUCGCUCCCAUGGAUCGUUCGGCCGACAACAGAUCCGAUCUGAGCGUCAGCUCAUCUGGGGGCUGGAGACGCAAGGACAGCAGUGGAAAGCCUCCUCUGAUGUUCAAGCCCCCUGCCCUCCGCUAUCGUUCGUCCCGCCCAGAGCUCAACCGGCCAUGGAGACGCUCCAAUGAGGCCGUCUACCCUUCCGCCGAUGAAACCAAUGACUCCGAUGUCGAGUCGAAAUACAGUUUUGACUCUCAUUCUACUAUCACCAACGCAACCAGCGUCGAGGACUUUGAUACUUAUCCCAGCAAGUCCGACACUUAUACCUCAGCAGUCCGCACUCGGCCGUUCACUGUUGAAAAGCAAGUGGCAAAGACCAACACUGUUCCCCCUCCCCCAGCCAAGCCUGCCAGCCUCAAGGGUGCCCGCGUCGACAUUGUUGCUCCCAAGAGACAGACCGUACAUAUCGAGGUGGCCCCCGUAGCCCCUGCCCCUCCAGUUGUACAGCACAUCACCUCCCAUGAGCUUCACGAACGUGAGAAGGUCGAGGAUGGCCUCCUCAAGGAGAUCUCCCGUAUGAAGGAGGAGACCAAGAGCCUCCUCGGCAAGCAGUCCGACACCGAUAAGAGACUGGAAGACGCCCUGGAGAGGCUUUCCACACUUUCCGCCGAUAAGGAAAAAACCGAGAAGAAACGUCGUGAGGAGAGGAACCUCAAGGAUAAGAUCGCCCGCGACUUCGAUGAACAGAGCCGUCUCCUAGAUGAUGUUAAGAGCUGUCUCAGCGAGCGCGAGAAGAAGCUUGAAGAUGUUGCACGUGAGCGUGACCAGCUCAAGGGCAUCAAAAAGGAGCUGGAGGCCAAGUCCAAUGACCUUGAGAAGCAGAUUGCUCUUGAGAGGAACGCCAAGGAGGAGGUCACCAACAAAAAUACUAUCCUGGAGAUGGACAUUGCCGAACAAGAGAAAAUCAAGAAACACUUCGAGACCCGAUGUCGCGACUUGGAGAGGAGCGUCGGCGAUGCCCACUACGUCACCAAGGAGACUGAGCGUGCUCUCAUUGAGAGGAUUGCUGCGCUGGAGUUGACAAAGGAAAGUCUGCAAAUGCGCGUUACCGGACUCGAGACGGAGCUCAUUCGCAAAGGAACCGAGAUCGGAGACAUCACUGCCGAGCGCAACCUCCUGCGUAUGGAUGUUGACAAGUACAAACCGCAAGUCGAUCAACUUAACAAAGAUAAUGGUGAAUUGACUGAAGCCAAUAAGGGCCUGCAAUCCCGUAUCGACGAUCUCGACAAACAGAAGAAGGGUCUAGAAGCCAAUAUUGAGAAGCUGGAGACGGAAAAGAAGACUGCCCUGGAAAGCUAUGAUGCACUUGAAGCCGAGAAGAAAGGUCUUGAGGCCGACAUUGAAAAGCUCAACACCGAGAAGAAAGACCUCGAGGGUCGCUUCGGCGGUCUCGAAGCGGAGAAGAAGGAGAUCCAGGAUCGCUUCAGUGCCCUUGAAGUAGAGAAGCAAGAGGUCGUGGUACACCUCACACAGCUCGAGACCACAAACACCGACAUUCAGACUCGCUUCGAGAGCCUCGAGGCCACCAAAGGUGAGCUUGAAGUCAGCAAGGGAGAGCUUGAGAACCAGGUCAAGGACCUUGAAGGUGUGAAGGCCAAGUACGACAAGCUUAAGACCCGCGUUGAGGGUCUCAAGGGCAAGAACACAACACUCCAAACCCAGAUCGGGGCGCUUCUCAAGGAUCAAGAUGAUAAGAGCUCUCAGAUCCUCAGCCUGGCAGAGGAGCGCAACAGCCUUCGUUCAGAGAACGCUUCGCUCAAAGACGAGAACGAAUCAGUCACCAGCGAGCUCAGACGCGCAGAGUCGCUCAUGGGCUCUGUCACCGGCUCCGCUGCACCCUCAGUUGCCGGCUCAGUUGCCCCAUCUGUUAUGGGAUCAACGGACGAGAGCGAUGCGGAAACCAUCAAAGGUGAAGAUGAAGCUCCGCCUGCACCAGAGGAGGCGGCACCUGCACCGCCGACAGAGGAAGCUGCUGCAGCCCCUACUGUCGACGAGGCACCGUCAAUUGAGGAAGUCAAGGAUGACGCAGCCAGCGUUAAAUCCACUACGCCUUCCGAGCAUUCCAAGGCGGCCCCUGAGCCCGAAGUCGCGGCGCCGGAGACUGCACCCGCCAAGGAUGAUGCCGCCACCGAGAAAGCCGAGUCCAUGUCCGCCAAGUCAAUCACCCCCUCCGAGUCGGCUGUCAUGGAAGAGCUCCGACAGCGCAUCGCUGAGCUGCAGGAUCGCAACGAACAGCUGCAAUCUGAGACAGUGAAGCUCGGAUCUCUGAUGGCGGAGAGAGAUGAGUUGGUCACUCGUGUUGCAACACUGGAACCGGAGGCCGGUCAGGCGCCGCAGCUGCGCCAAGAGAACGCGACUCUGGCGUCGCAGCUGACCCUCGUAAACGCCCAGCUUGACGGUCUCCGCGCCUCGUACGAUGCGUCAGUUGCCGAAGUCAACAGCUUGAAGGACCAGAUCGGUCAGCUGCGUGGACGCCUCUCUACUCCAUCUCUGCAGUCGCGUUCAAGGGAGUCGUCCCACGCGAGACAGUCGACAAAGACGAAGAAGGAUAACGACAAGAAAAAGGAGCAGUUGGUAGUGGUGCGCAACCCGAAUGAACGGGGCGGAAUGUAA